UUUUGAGUUGUGUGUUGUGUUGUUGAUGUUGUGUAUUUACUUUUUUCAAUCAAAGUUUUAACUAUUACAUUCUUUAUAAUUAAAAUCGUUGUUUACUGUGUUUUUAAAACAUUUUGAAUCCAUUUCAUUAUACAUAUUGUUUUAGCACUUCAUUGAAGUGCAAUUUUCUUCUAUAGACAAAUUAGAAUGACAUGUUUGAUGAUGGAUUAUGAAUUUAAAAUGAAAACACAGAAUGAGAGGGUAAAGGUAGAAGACUUAUUUGAUUAUGAGGGUUGCAAAGUUGGAAGAGGUACGUAUGGACACGUUUAUAAAGGCAGACGAAAGGACGGAAGUGAUAGUAAAGAUUAUGCUUUAAAACAAAUAGAGGGUACAGGAUUAUCCAUGUCUGCCUGUAGAGAAAUAGCAUUAUUACGAGAAUUAAAGCAUGCUAAUGUGAUAAACUUAAUAAGAGUGUUUUUAUCCCACAAUGAUAGAAAAGUGUGGCUUCUAUUUGAUUUUGCGGAGCAUGAUUUGUGGCAUAUUAUCAAAUUUCAUAGAGCUGCGAAGGCUAACAAGAAGCCAGUGAUGGUACCAAAAGGUAUGGUCAAAUCUCUGCUAUAUCAAAUUUUGGAUGGCAUCCAUUAUCUUCAUUCUAAUUGGGUUCUUCAUAGAGAUCUCAAACCAGCAAAUAUUCUUGUGAUGGGUGAAGGACCUGAGAGAGGAAGGGUUAAAAUUGCUGACAUGGGAUUUGCAAGACUCUUUAAUGCUCCUUUAAAGCCAUUGGCUGAUUUGGAUCCUGUGGUGGUAACUUUUUGGUAUAGGGCACCAGAACUUCUUUUAGGUGCCAGACAUUAUACAAAAGCUAUUGAUAUAUGGGCAAUCGGCUGCAUCUUUGCAGAGCUUCUUACUUCUGAACCAAUUUUCCAUUGUCGUCAAGAGGAUAUUAAGACAAGUAAUCCUUACCAUCAUGAUCAGUUAGAUAGGAUAUUCAAUGUUAUGGGAUUCCCACAUGAAAAAGACUGGGAGGACAUCAAGAAGAUGCCCGAGCAUCCAACUUUACUGAAAGACUUUAAGAAAGCGAACUACGUGAACUGCUCUCUUAUCAAAUAUAUGGACAGGCAUAAGAUUAAGCCUGAUAGUAAAGCUUUCCAUUUACUCCAAAAAUUAUUGUUAAUGGAUCCAAACAAAAGAAUUACGUCAGAGCAAGCUAUGCAGGAUCCAUAUUUUACCGAGGAACCAUUACCGACGCAAGAUAUUUUUGCAGGUUGUCCAAUUCCGUAUCCAAAACGUGAGUUCCUGACUGACGACGACCAAGAAGAAAAAUCAGACACAAAAAGACAAAAUCAGCAACAGCAACAACAACCGACCCAGCAACAGCAACAACCUUCUCAACAGCAACAGUCCAGUCAGCAAGAUAGUCACAAUUCUGCGAAGCGAGUUAGGUUAUCGGGGCCGCAAGGUCACCCUGGACCAGUAAACCCACAGCAAAUUCCUAUUUCCCAACAACAAGAAUUUCAUCAACAACAGAUGAUGUACAACAACGGGUCUCAGCAGCAGCAACAAAAUUUCCAGCAGAGGUUUUAAAUUAAUAUUGUAGUAAAAAUUACUUACUAAAGUAAAUUAUUCUUAAACAUUUUUAUAUUAACGUGUAUGCAAUAAAUUAUUUAUUUAGUUUUA